AAAGAAUCUCCUGCCUCAACCCUUCAAGAGUAAAUGUACAGAUUACGAAAAAAUGUGGAAACUAAAUGGUGGACAAGGGCCUGUUACAGAAAAAAUGUGCAAAGAAAAAUGUAAACUAGAAAAAUCACUCGAUAUCUAUAAUUGUGCAGAACGAAGAAUAGAUUACCCACAUAACGAAACCAUUUGCUUGGAACCAAUUCCGAACUUUGCGAAGGAAACGAGAUUUGAAUGUGCAAAAAGUUGCACUUCACCAUGCAAGAUGAGAAGAUAUGAAGUUCAAGUUCAAGAGGCAGACAGUGAAGGAAAUAGGAAAGCUUGUGUGACCGCGAGUGAUCUGUCCUGCGCCACUCUUGUUCAUAUAUAUUUUGAAAACCUGGAAAUAACGACGUUUACUUACAUGCCUAGAUUUGAACCGAUCGGAAUCUUAAGUUUCAUAGGAGGAUAUGUAGGUCUAUGGCUGGGCAUAUCUUUCUUGACGGUCUACGACUUCCUUGAAACUAGACUCUUCCACCUUGUCUCGGUCAUCAAAAAGAAAACACGGAUGAGGAAAGUUUCAGCCGAUCCACGCACCGAUCGUUACAGCGUCAGAACUAAUAGCAAUCUCGCCUCAAAGGACUCCAAACCAAAGCAUUCCUUGAAGAUACCAUCCAAACUACUAUCACCAGUUUACGUAACCAAUCAUCGUGGGCAAAAACUUCAGCACACGUGAUUCACAAUAAAGGGCCAUUCUCUCUGUAUGUGUAAAAGAAAAAACGCUUAUGUCAAUUCGGAUUGGUGAGUUUGACGCAUGAUUGCGACGAACUUUUCGCAUACAGUGUGAACUGUUCCUAACUCACUGCUUUGCCAACCGAUUGUUCUAAUAUAAAUUUUAGUAGUUGACUGUCUACGAAAUUUUCUUUUUUAAGCUUGUAUAAUUUCAAUAAAAUU